AUGGUGAGGUACACCACUGGUAAAACAGAUCGAUACAGUGCUGCUUUUCGCAUGCAGGAUACAAACAAGGGUGAAAAACCAUUGCUUGGCCCCCAAAGUCAUUACCAGGCGUGCUCCGGAUCCAUUGCCAUCCCUCGGAAUCCCAUCAGCGGCUCAAAGGUCAGAGCAGUCACCUUUAAUGAUGCUGCGUCCAUUGUCCCCCGAUGCCCACGAUUGGCUGGCUCUCUGGCGCUCUCACCCGAGGGCCUAAUUAAUCAGCAGCAGCUCUUUGUCAUGCAGAAACUCCUCUGCUUUGCCAAGACUCGCCGCGCCAGUCGCCAGGGCAGAAGGGUUCCCCCCCGCAGGCGAGCCGUGCUGCGGGGGCCGGAGUGGGAGUCGCUCAUUGGGGACAUGCUGGCCUUUGGCCUGGGUAAUCGCACGCUGCGAGCGCCGUGCACAGCUUACCUGCGGAGCGCCUCCUGUAACAGGGGGAGUGGCCGAGUAGAGAACAUUGUCCCUGUAGAGAGUAGUGAGGCAGGUCAUCCACUCAUUAAUCCUGGUGUGACCCUGGUUGGUGAAGACGCAGACCGAUCCGGGGGUGCCACAAACGAGCCCGGCAACUCUACCGAUGCGGCCAAAGGAGGCGGCGCCGACGACCCUGACGCAAACAAGCCCGGCAACUCUACCGAUGCCGCCAAAGGAGGCGGCGCCGACGACCCUGACGCAAACAAGCCCGGCAACUCUACCGAUGCCGCCAAAGGAGGCGGCGCCGACGACCCUGACGCAAACAAGCCCGGCAACUCUACCGAUGCGGCCAAAGGAGGCGGCGCCGACGACCCUGACGCAAACAAGCCCGGCAACUCUACCGAUGCGGCCAAAGGAGGCGGCGCUGACGACCCUGACGCAAACAAGCCCGGCAACUCUACCGAUGCGGCCAAAGCAGGCGGCGCCGACGACCCUGACGCAAACAAGCCCGGCAACUCUACCGAUGCGGCCAAAGGAGGCGGCGCCGACGACCCUGACGCAAACAAGCCCGGCAACUCUACCGAUGCCGCCAAAGCAGGCGGCGCCGACGACCCUGACGCAAACAAGCCCGGCAACUCUACCGAUGCCGCCAAAGCAGGCGGCGCCGACGACCCUGACGCAAACAAGCCCGGCAACUCUACCGAUGCCGCCAAAGCAGGCGGCGCCGACGACCCUGACGCAAACAAGCCCGGCAACUCUACCGAUGCCGCCAAAGCAGGCGGCGCCGACGACCCUGACGCAAACAAGCCCGGCAACUCUACCGAUGCGGCCAAAGCAGGCGGCGCCGACGACCCUGAUGCAAACAAGCCCGGCAACUCUACCGAUGCCGCCAAAGGAGGCGGCGCCGACGACCCUGACGCAAACAAGCCCGGCAACUCUACCGAUGCCGCCAAAGGAGGCGGCGCCGACGACCCUGACGCAAACAAGCCCGGCAACUCUACCGAUGCGGCCAAAGGAGGCGGCGCCGACGACCCUGACGCAAACAAGCCCGGCAACUCUACCGAUGCCGCCAAAGCAGGCGGCGCCGACGACCCUGACGCAAACAAGCCCGGCAACUCUACCGAUGCCGCCAAAGCAGGCGGCGCCGACGACCCUGACGCAAACAAGCCCGGCAACUCUACCGAUGCGGCCAAAGGAGGCGGCGCCGACGACCCUGACGCAAACAAGUCCGGCAACUCUACCGAUGCGGCCAAAGCAGGCGGCGCCGACGACCCUGAUGCAAACAAGCCCGGCAACUCUACCGAUGCCGCCAAAGGAGGCGGCGCCGACGACCCUGACGCAAACAAGCCCGGCAACUCUACCGAUGCGGCCAAAGGAGGCGGCGCCGACGACCCUGACGCAAACAAGCCCGGCAACUCUACCGAUGCGGCCAAAGCAGGCGGCGCCGACGACCCUGACGCAAACAAGCCCGGCAACUCUACCGAUGCGGCCAAAGGAGGCGGCGCCGACGACCCUGACGCAAACAAGCCCGGCAACUCUACCGAUGCGGCCAAAGGAGGCGGCGCCGACGACCCUGACGCAAACAAGCCCGGCAACUCUACCGAUGCGGCCAAAGGAGGCGGCGCCGACGACCCUGACGCAAACAAGCCCGGCAACUCUACCGAUGCGGCCAAAGGAGGCGGCGCUGACGACCCUGACGCAAACAAGCCCGGCAACUCUACCGAUGCGGCCAAAGCAGGCGGCGCCGACGACCCUGACGCAAACAAGCCCGGCAACUCUACCGAUGCGGCCAAAGGAGGCGGCGCCGACGACCCUGACGCAAACAAGCCCGGCAACUCUACCGAUGCCGCCAAAGGAGGCGGCGCCGACGACCCUGACGCAAACAAGCCCGGCAACUCUACCGAUGCCGCCAAAGCAGGCGGCGCCGACGACCCUGACGCAAACAAGCCCGGCAACUCUACCGAUGCCGCCAAAGCAGGCGGCGCCGACGACCCUGACGCAAACAAGCCCGGCAACUCUACCGAUGCCGCCAAAGCAGGCGGCGCCGACGACCCUGACGCAAACAAGCCCGGCAACUCUACCGAUGCGGCCAAAGGAGGCGGCGCCGACGACCCUGACGCAAACAAGUCCGGCAACUCUACCGAUGCGGCCAAAGCAGGCGGCGCCGACGACCCUGAUGCAAACAAGCCCGGCAACUCUACCGAUGCCGCCAAAGGAGGCGGCGCCGACGACCCUGACGCAAACAAGCCCGGCAACUCUACCGAUGCCGCCAAAGGAGGCGGCGCCGACGACCCUGACGCAAACAAGCCCGGCAACUCUACCGAUGCCGCCAAAGGAGGCGGCGCCGACGACCCUGACGCAAACAAGCCCGGCAACUCUACCGAUGCCGCCAAAGGAGGCGGCGCCGACGACCCUGACGCAAACAAGCCCGGCAACUCUACCGAUGCCGCCAAAGGAGGCGGCGCCGACGACCCUGACGCAAACAAGCCCGGCAACUCUACCGAUGCGGCCAAAGGAGGCGGCGCCGACGACCCUGACGCAAACAAGCCCGGCAACUCUACCGAUGCGGCCAAAGGAGGCGGCGCCGACGACCCUGACGCAAACAAGCCCGGCAACUCUACCGAUGCGGCCAAAGGAGGCGGCGCCGACGACCCUGACGCAAACAAGCCCGGCAACUCUACCGAUGCGGCCAAAGGAGGCGGCGCCGACGACCCUGACGCAAACAAGCCCGGCAACUCUACCGAUGCGGCCAAAGCAGGCGGCGCCGACGACCCUGACGCAAACAAGCCCGGCAACUCUACCGAUGCGGCCAAAGCAGGCGGCGCCGACGACCCUGACGCAAACAAGCCCGGCAACUCUACCGAUGCGGCCAAAGGAGGCGGCGCCGACGACCCUGACGCAAACAAGCCCGGCAACUCUACCGAUGCGGCCAAAGGAGGCGGCGCCGACGACCCUGACGCAAACAAGCCCGGCAACUCUACCGAUGCGGCCAAAGGAGGCGGCGCCGACGACCCUGACGCAAACAAGCCCGGCAACUCUACCGAUGCCGCCAAAGCAGGCGGCGCCGACGACCCUGACGCAAACAAGCCCGGCAACUCUACUGAUGCGGCCAAGGGCAGCAAUGACAACUCUGGUGGGACCUACCACUCUACAACUGAGUACAGUGGCAAAGUUGGCAUGAAGUCUAUGUUUCCUACAUCUGCUAUUACAGCAAGGUGAUUGUUGAAAAUGCAAAUGUGCUCAGAGCACUAUGUAGUUUAUGCCUUUCACAAUCUUGGUAACUCCUGUACUUGAAUGACUUCAAUGCCAGAACAGUGUUUGCUUAACAUCGGUCUUGUGCUUGGAUUUGUUUAAUAAACUGGUUGUAACAUG